GAAGUGCUCCGUUAAUUAGCGAGCUGCCGUCCGGUCGCUGUCGUUCCGCAGCGCGGUGAGAGCCGCGGGAACCGCCGGCGCAUCCCGGGAGGGCACAGCCUGCCAUGGCGGGCGCGGAGCAGCGGGAGCAGCCUGCGGCCGCUCCUGCCUUCCGCGGGUGAGGUGCUCCGGCAGCGGGGCUGGGGAUGCUGGUGCUGCUCUGAGACCCCCGGCCCCGUUCCGGCGGGAUCCGAUCGACGGCGGGAACAAGCGGCCUCCCCUGCGCUCACUCGGCCGGGGAGGUGAGGGGGAGGGAGACAUUUAAGAAGCAGGACAGGAUCGAAUAUAAAUAGCUAUGAAUAUAAAUACAUAAAUAGCGCUGCAACAAGACUGAAGGACGUGGUGAUGUUUGCAUUUGAUACGCUGUGUCUUACAAGCCCAAAAGACUGGAGUCAUUUGAAGAUUAUGUAAAAAUAAAGGUGCAGAUGCCAUUUAAAAAGUAAUAAUGGGACCAGGCAUUCAAGAAUAUCCCUUACUGCUGCACAGAGAAACACAGAAAAAGGAAAGCCAAAGCAAUGAAAACCACGAAGGAAUGGUAAAUAAUGGAAGAAGCCAUCCAAGCACCAAAGGACUAAAUAAAUCAAUUUCUCAUGUGAAAUCUUCUCCUGGAAGGUUAGGCAAAAAUGUAUCAAGUGUCAAUGAAAAGAUUUCCCAUGACACGCAAGAUGGUAACCAACCAAGUAUUUUUAAGAAGGGAAGAAACCAGCUGGAUGACAAUAGUCAGUCAAAAAGGAUCACGAGUGUUUGCACAUCACUGCAUGGAGUACAAGGACCAAAGAGAAGUCUCCCAGAAAGAAGGCAAAAUGAAUCUUUUCUGCACAGGAUCCCUCCUAGCAUAAAGGGCAGCACACAAGGUAGCUUCUGUAGGGUUAAAGAUGUCCCAGUGCAACAUUUUUAUUGCAGUAAAAAAGAACGGUUGGAAAAGAAUCACGAAGAACAUGUUGCUGAAGCUGGUCCAUGCUCUUCUAAAUGGCAAGAAGCAUCCAUAGAUGAAAUGUUUCUUGAUUUUGAAUCAGUACAAAUUAUUAAAGAAGAUGCUGAAGAUGAUAGUGCCAGUGAUCUCUCUGAUUCAGAAAGGAUUCCCAUUCCCCCGUCUCCCUGCACACCACCAGAACUCAUUCUCAGAGCUGAAGAAAUUGAUCCAGUUUGUUUGGAACAUGUACCUGAUACGGGUUUUAAAGAAUCAGAAUAUUAUUACCCAGACUUCCUCCCACCCCCUUUCAACUCAUGGGACUUGAAGCAACUAGCUGUCUUUGUUAACGUAGAGGGUAAAACUGAAUUUCGACCAAAGCCAACGGGAUUUCUUGAGAAAUAUAUUGAUCGCCUUUUGCAGCUGGAAUGGCUGCAAAUGCAGACUGUACAGAAUGAGAAAGGAAAGGCAGCCAAAGCCAGACCACAGACUGCUCCCAGCUCCAUCCGUACCCUAAAAAGCCCUGGCAGAGGCAAAGCAUUGCUCAGCCCUGUGCCUAAAAAGCAAGUGAUUCCCCAAGAAAGUGUUUCAAAGCUGCCCAGAAGCUAUUCAGGUCACAGGGGAGAUUCAUACUGUGAAGAAAGUCACCAGAUACAUUCUCAUCCAGGUCACCAGAAAUUUUCUGAGAGAGUGGGAUAUGCAAUGUCUUCUCAGAGACAAUCUAGUGAAGUAAGGAGUGAACUGAAAAAAAAACCAACUGCAAAACAGCAGCUUCUCAAUAUGCAGCCCUCUGAGAACAGUUCUAAAAUUCAAAGUGUUGGUAAUAUCAGACCCCCAAAUCAAACCCCAGUAUUUCAUGGUUCGGCUGCUCCCAUCAAAGGCUUAAAAACACACGCGUGUACAAAUCCAAAGAAAAACGGCAAUGCCAACAGUUACGUUCCUUCUAAGAAAACAACAGGGGACAGGAAAAUAAAAACAAAUGGCACGAAGCAAACAUCGCACAAAUUUAAAUGAAGAAAAAACUUCAUUAAUAAAUGAUGCUUCUUGACUGCUAGAAGGCAUUUGGCCAAUGCAGAAGGGUCAUGUUUUCCUCAUAGGAAGAUCCUGAGAAAAUAUGUUCUUGAUGCAUGGUUCUAAGUCAGCACUGUUCAUUUCAAUAUAUUUGAUCUUAAGCCAGCAAGGCCGGCAGGAAAUUUUUUCCCUGAAGGCAAGUGUCUUCCAGUGGUAUUUCCUCAAAAAUAUUUAAAAUUGCUUAAUUAAGAUAACAAUAGCAGAGUAUGAAAGUUUAGGGAAAUACAGAAUUAUAACAUGAUGUCCUAUUCGCACCAGUUGAAGUCCAUUGAAGACUGUGGUGUUCCUUACACUUGGUGUAUUUGAGAGAAUAGGGUUCAUCUCUUUCUCUUGGACAGAUGUGCUAUUUUGUAAGAGGUUUGGUGGUAAUGUUUUCUGAUGGAAAAGGGCUCAACUGUUUUAUAAAAUAAUGGAGCAUGCUUAUCUAUGCAAAGUCAAAUUCUAAUUCUUCACAGAAGAUGAUGAAUUGGAUUUUUUUUUGAUGAAUUAGAUAUUUAUUUUUUUUGAUAAGAAGAAUGGAGAUAAUGUUUUGAAAUAUUUUAAUGCAGAAAGGAUUCUUUUUAAGACAAAAAAUUAUUAGGGAGCAGAGAUCUUCAAUAGUGUCAUAUUAAGAAAAUGGAAUGUGUAUUUUUAUACCCAGAAAUCUUCACUGUGUUUACAACUUUCCUUGAAGUUCAUUUUAUAAGCCUUGAUGCUUUUUGUCAUUUAGAGGAAAUGACCAAAUUUCGAAUUGCACAUGGAUAUAUAUGACUAAUGCAAAAUGAGGGUAAUACUAGAGACUCCGUGGCCUAAUUUGCAGAACUGGUAGCUUAUCAAAACAUAAAAAAUAGACUCAGCGGAUAAAGGCUAUUGUAAGUUCAAAUAAAGAUAUAUUUUGAUACAAAAGAUACCUGUUUUCAGUUACCCAAGAUGACUAUUAUUUAUCCCAUGGUCCAGUCUCCUUCAAUUAGCCUGGCUUCUUGUUUCAAGAUUUUGUGAAGCAACAUGGGGAAAUAACCUGCAGAAAAAAAUUGUACAACCAGGGUUGGGUCCUGUCCUCAGACCUGUUUUCUCUUGUGUCUGUGAGGUACAAGAGAAAAUGAAGUGAGUUCAGUGAGUAUUCAAGUGUCAGUUCAUCUGUUAAAAUUUCAAAUCAAUCACAGCAUCUGGGGGCACAAUCUUGUUAAAGAUGAAAUUCUAGAGGAUGUUUUGUACUUUCAUUUUAAAAUGAAAUAUUGAGCAGCAUUAACUUCAUCCUCAGCCACCAGUCACAGUGAACUGUUUAUGAGAAGUGAGCUGAGGUCUGAUGGACCAGGUUUUACACGUGGAUCCUUCACAUUGUGAUAGAAAAUUAAAAAGUAGCAAAUACUAAAAGUACAUUAUGUAUAUAGUCAAAUUGCACUUCUUUUGUUGAUCUCAUCUUGGUUUUAAGAUGCUUAGCUGUUUCUAUUCUUUCAUUGUGCCUACCAGAUCUUGAGCUUUGUAAAAUUUCAAAGCAUGGAUUUAUAUGUAGUUUAAAAUGUGAGAAUAUUAAUAAAUGUAGUAGUAAACUAGAGUAUUUUACAGUACAUAAAAACAUUGCUCAGGAAUAGUCUAAAAAGUAUUUUUAGUGUUUUUUUUCCUAGUCUACUUGAGACCAAAUGUGAAUUUUAAAUUGAUAAAGGAAACAGAUGUAAUAUACAGUAUUAUAUUUCCAUAUUCAGUAUUUGUGAAGCUACAGUUAAAAUGAAUUGUAGUUGCAUGUACAUUCAGCUCUAUGCAAUUAAAGUGGAAGUGAAUCUGACAUGCUCAAAGAUCAAAUAAGUUGGUUGUCAGAGGUGUGAUGAAACUUAGAAGGUGGCAUUCAGCACCAGCAGCUGCAGAGGACCAGCACAUUCUAUUGUUGCCAUUUCAUCCUUUUGUUUUGUUCCAGAGUUGUGUAUUUCACUUUUCACAGAUGAAGGGUUCUUGCAUCCAGUGCUAGAACUUCAGGCUCUGGCCAAAUUCUGCAAGCCUUCAUUAGUCAAGUUUUCCUGAUUCACAUUAACAGUAGUGAAAGUUGGCAGUUCUACUCUUGCCAAUAAGCACUACUUUAGUGCACAAUUUUGGUGCACUACUAUAAGCACAAAAAGCAAGCUGAGCAGGAUCAUACCAAUAAUCAGAAUAGCAGGUUUUUUAAACAAAUUGUGUUAGAUGCAGUAAUUCAGCAUGUUAUUAUAGCACUGAAUAUUAGUGUGUGCCAAAUUUUCAUCUGAAAUGUUACUCUGUAUUGAUGCUUUUGUAAGUUAUAAGGAGGGCAUAUAGAUAGAGGCACAUGUUGCAUGAUCACUUCUUAAAGAUUAAAUAAAUAGUAUUUCUGUCAGCUUUGACCAGAGCAGAGGCAAUUGGCACUGAGAAAACUUUUUUCUCACAGACCUAGGAAAGUUUUAUUUUAAUGUAGUGCUUGUGAUAUGAUGGACAUCAGUUGGAAACCAAAAAGUUAAGCAGGUGGAGUUGGUGAUGCCACUUAAAAUGUCUGAGUACAUGUCCAUCAGCUCUGGCUGUGAUCUGGCCAAGUAAGUUUGUCUCACAUGAUAAUCACACAAAUCUAAUAUUUGUUCAUUGAUUUGUUACUUUUUACACAGUCUUCUCUGUUCGCAUACAAAACCAUAAAUUCCGUGUUUGCCUCAACAAACAGCUCUUAGUGUGAGCAGACCUGCAAGAUUGGAUAUUAUCCUGCAGCACUUUUGCUUUCAUUUUAACUUGACUAUGUUCUGGGCCUAUAGUUUAAAAGAGCUCCUUUUAUGAAGAGGACUAUGGUUUAUGUUUCCUUCAUUUUAUAUUGAUGGGUAUUGUCUUUAAAAGCACUUUGAAUAUAGCGGAAAAGUUUAUUCCAUCAAAUACAUUGUUUGGAAUUAAAAUCCUUCCACAACACA